CUACAUUUCCCAGAAUGCCUCGGUAGAUGUGCGUCUGGGUGUGAGGGAGAAAGACUAAAAUUGGACCAUCUGCAGACUUUGAUUUAGCAUCAAUGGCUACAGCAGGUAUUUUGCUCAAUGCUUUGCUGUAUUAUGAGUGUUAGUAAACCAUCGCGCUUUGACUGAUUCUCGGGAGGAUCCGUGGCAAUUGCCACUACCACUGUACCUUCACCGGACAUCACCAACAAGGCCAAAAUGGAUGCUGGUUUUGGAUCCACGUUUCCAGCAGUCCCACAAGUAGCAAAAGCGGAAACUAAUUACAAGCAGCAUCGUAGGACCCCUUCAACCUCCAGCACUCUGACCUACUCCACUCGUGACGACGACGAUGGCAUGCCACCCAUCAGUACCCCUCGCCGCUCAGACUCUGCCAUCUCCGUUCGUUCGCUGCAUUCUGAAUCCAACAUGUCACUACGCUCCACCUUCUCCUUGCACGAGGAAGAGGAAGACACGGAGCCGCAGGUGUUUGCGGAGCAGCCCUCAGUAAAGCUUUGUUGCCAGCUGUGCUGCAGUGUGUUCAAGGACCCGGUCAUCACCACCUGUGGACACACAUUCUGCAGGCGAUGUGCCUUGACCUCAGAGAAAUGCCCGGUGGACAAUUCGAAGCUCACAGUGGUAGUGAAUAACAUAGCUGUGGCUGAGCAAAUCGGAGAGCUUUUCAUCCACUGCAAGUACGGCUGUCGUCCAGCUGCCUCGGGCAAGUCUGGUGCCUAUGAGGUUGACCCACUUGGCUGUCCUUUUACCAUCAAGCUCAGCACCAGAAAAGAUCAUGAAGUAAGCUGUGACUACAGACCCGUUCGCUGUCCCAACAACCCCAACUGCCCUCCAUUGCUCACUAUGAACUUAGAGGCCCAUCUGAAAGAAUGUGAACACAUCAAGUGCCCUCAUUCUAAAUAUGGUUGCACCUUCAUCGGGAAUCAGGACACAUACGAGACUCACCUGGAGGUUUGUAAGUUUGAGGGACUAAAGGAGUUUCUCCAGCAGACGGAUGACAGAUUCCAUGAGAUGCAGGUGACACUGGCGCAGAAGGACCAGGACAUUUCGUUCCUGCGCUCAAUGCUUGGUAAACUCUCAGAGAAGCUGGACCAGCUGGAGAAAAACUUGGAACUCAAGUUCGAUGUGCUGGAUGAGAAUCAGAGCAAGCUCAGUGAAGAUCUGAUGGAGUUCAGGCGAGAUGCUUCCAUGCUAAACGAUGAACUGUCUCACAUCAAUGCCAGGCUCAAUAUGGGCAUACUGGGCUCCUACGACCCCCAGCAGAUCUUCAAAUGUAAGGGUACUUUUGUGGGCCAUCAGGGUCCGGUGUGGUGCCUGUGUGUUUAUUCGACAGGCGAUCUACUUUUUAGUGGGUCAUCAGACAAAUCCAUCAAGGUUUGGGACACGUGCACCACAUACAAAUGCCAGAAGACUCUCGAAGGCCAUGAUGGCAUAGUGUUGGCAUUGUGCAUUCAGGGGAACAAGCUGUAUAGUGGCUCAGCUGAUUGUACAAUCAUUGUUUGGGAUAUCCAGACCCUUCAGAAAGUGAACACCAUCCGGGCACACGAUAACCCUGUGUGCACUCUAGUGUCCUCACACAACAUGCUCUUCAGCGGCUCUCUCAAAGCCAUUAAGGUGUGGGAUAUUGUUGGCACAGAGCUGAAGCUAAAGAAGGAGCUGACUGGUUUAAAUCACUGGGUUCGAGCUUUGGUUGCUUCUCAGAAUCAUCUUUACAGUGGAUCUUAUCAAACCAUAAAGAUCUGGGACAUCCGUUCUUUGGAGUGUGUCCAUGUGCUCCAGACCUCUGGAGGCAGUGUGUACUCCAUUGCAGUCACCAACCACCAUAUAGUUUGUGGCACCUAUGAAAACCUCAUUCAUGUUUGGGACAUUGAGUCCAAGGAGCAGGUUAGGACACUGACAGGCCAUGUGGGCACAGUGUAUGCCCUUGCUGUCAUCUCCACACCCGAUCAGACCAAAGUGUUCAGUGCCUCCUAUGACCGCUCUCUUAGGGUGUGGAGUAUGGACAACAUGAUCUGCACUCAGACUCUGCUGCGGCACCAGGGCAGUGUCACAGCCCUCGCUGUGUCCAGGGGAAGACUGUUCUCCGGAGCAGUAGACAGCACAGUAAAGGUGUGGACGUGCUAAACGUGACCGUUAAUCACUAUUAGUUGCGUCAACGGGUUGAUUAAUCUCACAAAUCUCUCACAACUCAGAAUCAUGAUGAAUCUGUGUCUACGAGAAAGAAUAUUCAAACAAACAUUACAGUACAUUGGACAGGAAAUAUUCAUGUUCUCUACUCUCUGGACUCGGACAUCUGCCCUGUUCAGAUUUGUAAAGUGUUAAAAACGUCUGGGCUUAUGUGAAGAAUGAAGGAUUUGUUUGCUUUAACAUGCCACAGGACGUCCUAACCUGCAGUCUCUAUAAACUCCAGACAACACUGUAUUUUAUAUACAUAAGAUUUAUUUCCUAGAAAAGUAUGAUUUUAGAUUUGGUAAGACUUGAACUCUACAAACGAAUUCAGUUGAAGGUCAUGUUUCCUGCAGACCUGGGAAACGUUGCUGUGAUGACUAUUGAACUUUGACCGUUUUGAGUCACAGUCUAACGACUGAGUGAGUGCCUAAACUUCAGCCUGGUUCCCAGGGAGAUGCUUGGAGUUCCUAUCGUCCCUGGGCUGAAUGGAGACCUACACUAAACCAACUUGGGCCUGAAACAGCAGAGCAUUGUUUUGGACAACACAGUGCCCUUGUUUUUAAUCUUGGAUUUGACAGUGCCAACUGAACUGCUCAGAUAUUUUCUAACCACCUGUUGACCGAUGUGAAACCUUUGUAAUGAUCGUCUCAUCCAUCAUGCUUUCGUGUAAAUAAUGCAACGUUUCCUUACCAAAGGCGCAACUGCUUCAUGCUUGCCUCCAUGUUUGCGAUGGAAACCAGAUUUUGCCCACGCAAAGCUAGUAAGACUUUUACAAUGUUAUCCGUGCUAGUUACUAUCUUUUUGAACUAAAUAACAAUUAUUCUUAUUAGUUUGAUGAGUGUAAAGCACUUAAUUCGUCAUCAUUGAGCAUCCCAGCUUAACUUUCCAGAAAUAACGAGUGCUUGGGGUGGAAGGGAACACUGUUUAAUGUGAGAUUGAUAUUCUCUUUUAGCUUAAAGGCACAGUUAACCACAAAUCAUUUGUCAUUUAAUGACAAAAGUUCUGCCAUUUAUUUUACUUGCCUCAAAUUUGUAUGACUUGUUUUGUAAAGUAGAACAUCAAAGACGUUAUUUGGAGCUUCCAUUUGUUUACCAGCAGUAUUGAAAACCAUAUUUCAAAGUAUCUUUCAUAUAGUGAAAGAUAUAUUAUUCUCUUUUUUUUUAAUAACUUUAUUUUCCACAGAGAAAAUAAAGGCCAAUUCACACGGCACCAACAGACGUAAACAAACACUUGUUGUUGUGUAUGAUGUAGCAGUUGUUUAUUUGACAACAUGUGAUCUGACAUUUUCACUCCCUUUGAAAAAGAACAAGCAAGAGGAGCGUUUCCAAAAUAUCAGCAUGUGCAGAAGAGCACAGGUGUGCUGUUGAGUUUACACAAGUUUCAUUUCAGACAAAAUAGUCUUGUUUAGUCAGUCAAGCUGGUGCAGAGCUUUAUUUAAAGAGUACUGAUGCAAAAGCCUUUAACAGGGUUCAUACGGUCAUAGAAAACCUGGAUAAGUCGGGGAAUUUUGACAUGGCAUUUUCCAGGCCUGAAAAAGUCUUGGAAAAGUCAUGGAAAUUUGUUAUAUUAUAUUGAACUGUUCACACAGUCACAGGCCUUACAGCAGAGGUGUCCAAACUCGGUCCUGGAGGGGCAGUGUCCUGCAGAUUUUAGCUUCAACUUGCCUCAGCACACCUGCAAAGAUGUUUAGAAAGCCUAGUAAGAGCUUGAUUAGCUAGCCCAGGUGUGUCUGAUUGGGGUUGGAACUAAACUCUGCAGGACACCGGCCCUCCAGGACCAAGUUUGGACAUGCCUGCCUCACUCAAAAGAUAGAAAUGUACUGACUACUUACUGACACUUCACUUGUUUCAAUGGUAUUGGACUUCUGUUUGUGUUUGAUUUAAAAAAAGAAUGUUUGAAACAAGCGAAGGGUGUAAUUAAAGUAGUAAGUCAUUUUUGGGUGAAUGAUCUCUUUAAAAAUGCUUGUAAAUGACAAACUUUUAAUCCAUUAUAAUUAAACUCUGUAUAAUGCCAACGUUGCCUAUCCUACGAUGUGACUAUUGCGGAUGCACACAUUGCGAUAUCGAUGCUGAAACGCUACUGAAAAAAGUGUUGCAUGCAGAACUGUUGCAAACAAUUCAUUUGUGUUAAAUUUAAACAAACAAAUUAAGUUUAAUAAUGUUGAACUUGAUUUGUUUGUUUAAAUUCAGCCCAAAUAAAUUGUUUACAACCACUUAAUGUAAAAAAAUUGAGUAAAUCCAAGGAAUCAUUGAUUAAUUUUUUCAGUGCCCUAACUUGAAUAUUGGUUGGUUGUCUUUACUUUUCUGUCCUUGGCCAAAAACAUGCUCUCACAUUGUUAGUGUUGUGUAACCAUUAUCAAAAUCAAGUUUACAGAGAUAUAAAAACUAAUUUAUAAAAAUGGAUUGUUGCGUGUUUUAGAAUAAGCUGUAAUAAAUUUGAACGUGCAUUGUUUUUCUUAUUAUUUACCAUAUAUAUGUAGACAUUAAAUGAAUCAAUAGGUCAUGAAAAUUUACUUGAAAGUCCUGGAUGGAAUUUUAGUAGUAAAACUGUGUAUGAACCCUGGUCUAAGUGCCAUAAAUCAUUCUUCUAAAAUGAGCUCAUUUUGCUCAGCCUCGUAUGUUUCUGUUCAGUCAUUUUACUUUUAUUGCGUAAACAUAGGAGGCCGAGCAAAAUGAGCUCAGAAGAACAAUUUAGAUGGCAUUUAGAGGCUUCUGCAUCUAAACUCUUAAUUUAGAAAUAAUUUGACACAUUUAGAGUCGAUGAUUCAUUAAUAAAAACAGUCAUUCAGUCAAAUCAGCAAUUUUAAAUGAAGGAUAGCCAUCAUUUACUCACCCUUGACUUCUUGUUCAAAACCUAUUUGAGUUUCGUUGCUUCAGUUGAACACAAAAGAUAUUUUGAAACAUUCUGGUAGCUGACCCUCACUGACUUCUAUAGUAUUUUCUUUUUCUUACUAUGGAAGUUGAUGCCAGCAACCAAAAUUCUUCAAAAUAUCUUAUUUUUUGUUCAACAGAAGAAAGAAACUCAUAAAGAUUUAAUACCACAUGAGGGAGAAUAAAAUAAGUAAUUUUAAAUAUGAACUAUUCCUUCAAUGGAUCACUCACUGAGAAUAAGAUUUUCAGCAAAAUGUUGUUUAUUUACACAUACGUUUUUAAUUCCAUUAUACAGCACACCCUACUUUAGAUUUUAUUCAAUCUGUGUGUUGUCUUAUUAUGGUCAUCUGUUGAAGCUUGUUUCCUUCACUUGAAAAUUGGUCUGCUGUAUCAUAAAUAUAUGAGGAAAACGUAAUCAAUUGAUUGGCCUCAAGUCAUACAAGUUUGGAACAACAUGCACAAUUUGGCAGAACUUUAAUUUCUGGCUGAAUUAUCUCUUUAAUGUGAAGCAUACUAGAUGAGUUAAUGCUGAUCCAAGACAAAAGGCAUUAAAAACAGCUGCUACUUUGGAUUUCACAGUGCCUUUUUGUGGCAUGGAGCUAUUCAAUCCAGCUCCAUAUAUAAUCAAGACAAUUCUGGACACUUAAAAAAACUUCAGAUGCAUUGUUCCCAUAUUUCCCCUCAUGAAGCUUGUGAGAGGAUGCAAGAAUGCAACGCAAGCUGAAAAGUUAAUUGUAUAAGACAGAUUUUAUCGUACUGAGUAUUUUAUAAGUCGUCGCUAACCGACAUAAUGUGGCGUUGACUCCCUCUAGUGUCCUUAAUGCAUUUUCAGUUGUAUCAAAUAAAUCUCUAAAAAGUG